UGAUUUUUGUAUACAUUGAAAAGACAUGGCAGUUUAGUUGAGUUAUGUGUUGUAUGGGGAUGCAUGAUUGAUGUCGUAUUGGUAAAAUCAGAGAGUUUAUGAGCUAUGGCAACUAUAAGAAGACAUUAAUCCGGUAUAAAUUUCACUACUGUAGUAUGCUACCAGGUGUUUGUAAAAAGAAGUUUGUGCGACGUCAAUACCGUACGCCUACUUUUGAUCUCCCGGCAAAUCCGAAUUAUUGUCAAAUAAACUACGGAAGAUCAUGCAUAUUAUGGAAAUCAUUGGAAUUGAUCAAAUCAUCUAAUUUUUACUGUGUAAUUUACAAAUUAAUUGGUUGUACAUGUAAUAAAAUUGUGCAGCGUUCUUGAAAAUGAUUUUAUAUUCGAGUAUGUAUUAAAAAUCGAAAUGUUCGUGCUUCGUUCGAAUGAACGGCAAGUGGCUUGAUAUUCUGUGCAUUAUUUGAAAAGGACACGAAAAUUGUAUCUGUAUAGUGCCAUUACGGGCAGUCAUAUGUGAUCGUACUUGAAAGUGUGGCAGUUAUUAUUUUAGCAGAAAGAGUGAAGUGAAAUGUGAUUUUACGGAUUGAUAUUUCGCAAAUUUACGUAUGAAAAGGAGUGAAUAAAGCAUUUAACAUGGAUGAAGGCAAUGAAGUUCUGGUGUGUGCAUCAGAAUAUGUUAAAGAUCGCCUGUACUUCGUGACGCUUCGAACAACAGUUAAACCGAAGUCCACGGCUAACACUCAUUACUUCAGUGUGGAUGAUGAAUUGGUGUACGAGAAUUUUUAUGCUGAUUUCGGACCGCUGAAUUUGGCAAUGCUCUACAGGUAUUGCCAAAAACUCAACAAGAAAUUGAAGUCCUUCUCGCUGGCAAAGAAGAAGAUCGUGCAUUACACAACCAUGGAUGCCCAGAAGAGAGUGAAUGCCGCAUUUUUGAUAGCGUCUUAUGUGAUAAUUUAUCUCAAGAAAACUCCAGAAGAAGCAUACCGGCCAUUGAUCGGAGGUACAAAUCCACCGUUUCUUCCUUUCAGAGACGCAUCCUUUGGAAUGUCUGUGUAUCACAUUACAUUAAUGGACUGCCUCCAUGCUGUAUAUAAAGCUUUGAACCUGGGUUUUUUCAACUUUGAAGAUUUUGAUGUGGAUGAGUAUGAGUACUAUGAGAGAGUAGAGAAUGGUGAUCUGAACUGGAUUGUGCCACAGAAGUUUCUUGCUUUUUGUGGUCCUCAUGCAAAGAGCAAGAUUGAAAAUGGUUAUCCCCUCCAUGCACCAGAAGCAUAUUUUGCCUACUUCAGGAGGAAUGAUGUCACAACUGUAAUUCGACUUAAUAAGAAGAUAUAUGAUGCAAACAGAUUCGUAGAGGCUGGCUUCGAUCACAGAGACUUGUUUUUUAUUGAUGGUAGCACUCCUAGUGACCCCAUCAUGAAACAGUUUCUUGCCAUUGCAGAAAGUGCUCGAGGUGCCAUUGCAGUCCAUUGUAAAGCUGGCCUAGGCAGAACUGGAUCUCUCAUAGGCUGCUACAUUAUGAAGCAUUAUCAUUUCUCAGCACACGAGACUAUUGCAUGGAUCCGAAUGUGUCGUCCAGGGUCAAUUAUUGGUCAUCAACAACAGUGGCUUGAAGAUAAACAGUCCCACAUGUGGCUUCAAGGUGAUUUGCUUCGAUCGCAAAAUGAUGAGAAUACAAACGUGUAUCCGAAACACGUAUAUGGUAUCUACAGUGUGAGAAACAACAAGUCUCUUUGUUUUGAACUGAACACACAGAAUGGUAAGGUAGUGAAAAAGGACUCAAAGGCAACUGACAAUGUGUCCAGGAUUCUUCAUAAAGUAGACACGAUGAAAUUAGAUGAUCAAGAAGAUGAAAACAAGAAUGAAACAAGUUUCAGAAGAAAACUGGAAUUAAUUGAGGAUGCUGCCAGCCAAAACAGUGAUGAGCCCAAUAGAAAUAUCGCCGUGAUGACGCAGGGUGACAAGUUAAAUCAAAUAAAGGCGCUGAGAAGACAUCCCAGAUCAGUAACAACUGGUGCCGUACACUUGGAAGAUGGGAGACCACAUACCAGGGCCAAGUCACAGCCAUUCCGCAGCGGACAGCAACAGCAGAUGCCAAACACAAUUCUUUCCCCUCUUAAGGCAGCAAAAGUGAGCAGUACCAUAGUGGCUGCCCACAACAAGGAAAAGGACGUUGUGUCUACUAAGAGAACAUCACGCACCACCACUGCUAUGACUAAAAGAAAUACCUGGCUUCUAAACUCAAUGUAUGGAUCAAAUCGAUCAUUAAAUAUCAGCAAAGUUAACCUAACCCAUCCCACAAGACCAGUUACCCGAGCUGCAGUGAAAGCUACGCCCACAACCUCAAGUAGUCCUUCCCCAUCAUCUGGUCUGGGGAUGACAUUGCGCAGCGCAGACCGAGUCACCAGAUAUACUGUUCGUCAUGCUCGAACCUCCUCCUCCCGGAGUUAUAAAACAGCUUUUAUCAGAUGACUAACCAAAUUACCAACAAUUGCGAAUCAAGCACCAGUUCUUGUGAGGAAUGAUUUCCGCAGCAGGAGCUGUUCUCGCCCAAAAAGGAGUAAUGGUUUACGCAAGCAGGACUGUGCUGCCAAAGAGGUGAAGGGAAGUUCCAGUGCAGUGGUCGCACAACAGCGACACAAGUCACAAUCCACUGCUACUCCUCCUCCUCAUCGGAAAAUUUCGCCAACAUCUCAGUGCAAGAAGGAUGACUGCGUCAUGAUUAAGGAACGAGGCAAACGCCCUCUAAGCAGUAGCCGGGAGAAACAGUCUUCUCGUUUGUCCAAGGCCAUCUGUUGCCCUAAGGGUGAGUCAGUGGUUGAAAAGACUUCUUCUUCAAGUAGCUUGUCACAGUCCCCAUUCCCAUCCAGUAAAUUGGAACUGAAAUUUUCAAACUCUUCAUUGCAACAAACUUUCUCAUCAGUUGCCCUCAGUUCUGAACAAGAUGAAAUGCAGAAAGAUGGUUUUGAGUCAUUGGGUAAGAAAGUGGUUUCGCCUAAACUUAGAUUGCGAGAAAAGUUACACAAAGACUUGGAUACAGGCACUAAUAUAUUCAAGCAUAGGAUGAUAAAACGAACAACCGUUACCAGCAUUAAAAGAACAACUGUUCUUAACUCAAAAGUUAUUAGGAGAAAGACUUCCCUGGAGAAAGACUCCAAUUAAUUUCAUAACUAUAUGCUUCUGCUCUUGGUAAUUGUCUUAUAACUCUUUCAUCUUGUCCCCAGGGGACUUAAGACUAACGAGUUCAGUUUUGAAAGUCAGAUGUGUCACAAAGAAUGAAAAUUUUAAAAAUGGCCUAAAUUCUGUAAGGCUCUUGUAGGGAAUAUGGCCAAGUUGCUGCCAUACUCAUACUUUCAGAGACUGUCAACAGAAGUCAGCACCGUUAAGUCAUUAACAUCGGCUAAGUUGUGUUCAGUGAGAGAGUCACCAACUGAACUGCACUGUAUGUUGUCAGAUGCCAUUUAAGUGUCGGGAGAACGGAGGGAAAAGCAUAUAUCAGACUUUCAGAACACGAGUAAUGUGUCAGUAAUCUUCAUAAACAAUAAUUUUCAUAGAGCUUAAUCGAGAGAAUUAUCUGUACUUUUAUAUAGUGUAAUUGGAUUUUGUGUCAUUCUUUGUUAGAUUUUCUUUUGGCACAGAUAAAAGAAAUAUAUCAACCUUGCCCAAAGACUAAACUGAUUCAGUGUAAAAAAAAUCAAUGAACUCAAAGAAUUGCUGAUGCUAUUAGAUGUCAUAGACAAGCAUGAACAGAUUUACAGUGCUGAUGGAAAAGGUUGCAGGUUACAUCUGGAUAAGGAGCCGAAGGCACGAGGCCAAAAGAUUUCAUGCAAAAACCAGUUGCAGAAAUUAAUCCUGCCAGCCAGGUCACAUGGCUGCAACAUUUGAGCUACAGUCGCUGUGUGACUGAAGUUUAAGCAGAUUCAUUGCUUUGGCUGCUGCUGAUUUCAGGAUGCCACUGUCUCGCUGGUUUAUGUGGUGUGUGUUCUGACCUUGCCCCUGUUUUAUCUAGUUUUCCUUAGCUAAGCACAUUUUUGACAGGUUUCUUGUCCAGAAGUGACCUAGUAGACCCGACUUUCGUAAUAAGUUUACGGAUGCCUGUUGUGCUUGUAACUGUGAUCCCAGGAUAUGUAUGACAAAUUUUCUCUGACACUUUCUAGUGUAACCACAUUUCAUAUACGAUUCAUAAGCAUACUGUUCAGAAGUGUAUUGAACCCUAUCCACACACAACAAUAACCAGUACUUAACAUGAUGCACUGUUGUGUGAAUAAUUUUUAUGACAGUUGCUGUUAGUGCUACACCUGCUGGACAGUGACAUCUGCAUUCAGCUUCAUCCAUUGAUGCUCUGAAUCAUUUGGCUACCAAGAAUUUUUAUGCUUUGUUUGCUGCCAGCCAUUUUUUCUAUGGUAUUAUUAGAACUUCUGAUACUUUGUACGUGUCAUUUUAGCGUGCGUCUCACAAAAACAGGUACUGUAUAAUUUUAUGUAGUGAAAUUAAUUUUAUAGGACAUUUAUACCUGCACAUAUACAUGAAUUACAGUAUUUUAAUUUUGUUAAACACUACCACUUGUAUAAAGAAUAUGCAUAAUGAAUUGUAAUUUUAUUUUUAUCACCUGUUUUCUCAUAAAAUAUAAAAUGCAAGUGUUAUGUUUGCACUAAAUGGAAUGGCAGAGUAUAUUUUUAACUUGUAGAAGUUAAUGUAUUUAUUUAUAGAAUUCAAAUGCCAUAUAAGUCACAUGUAAAUAUAUUUAGCAGGUGUUGAUGGGAAGGGAUCUUCAUUUUUUUAGUUCUUGGUUCUGUAGUUUCUUUGCGUAGCAUAUGUUAUGUUUGGUUUAAAAUUUGGUACUAUAAUUUUGCUAGUCCAUUAUGAAUCAAAGAACCUUUUGCAAGUACCACUGUUGAAUUUAGCAUAAAUGUUCAAGUUAUCAACUUCAGUGACACCAUAACAUGCAAAAGAGCUUGCCAGUUAUUUUUGGAUACAUGAUUUAUUGAUUCAGUUUUCAAAACUUUUUUAACACUGGAAGAAUCAAAAACCAGUAAAACCUCUGUAUAAAAAAACUCUAUAUUCUCAACAUUUUUCUGACAUUGUUAUAGUGAGUUUUUCUCUUUCAGUUUGUAACCUGUUUUUAUGUGCCAGUGAUAAAAAUCACAUAGGAAUCGCUCUUCUGGUAAAGAUAACUGUGGUUGAAAUCUUUGUGCUGGAAAUUGUUGACAAAAUACUGAUUUGCACAGCCUCUAGCAAGCUGCAUGAAGUUGCAAGGCACAAAGCAAAGAUAUCGUGCAAGGCUAUGAAUAGCUGAUAAGCCCAUAAGGUUACAACGUAUACCGUGAAUGUGCAGACUGGGAAUGCUGGAACGCAGUGUCCCUUGAGAAGAUGAACAUUACAAUAAUGGAUCCCAUCAUAAAUCUGCAGAUAAAAAGAAUAAAUUUGCAAUCACAUAAAGCUAAUGUGAUGUAUUCAUGAACAGCCAGGUGCUACAAAUGUGGAAAAAAUUAUUUUGUAUUAUAAGGUGGCUGUAGGCUUACUGGGAAAGGUCUAUUCAUGUCAUAUCAUUGAGAAACAUUAGCUAUAAUUUUAAUUCCUCUAAAAUAUAAAUAUGUCUUAACAUUUUAUUGUUAGCUGUUGUUUCUGUACCAAAAUGUUUUAUUUAUAUUUUAUUCGCAUGUGGAAGCAUGCAUAUUGCAUACAGUGUUGCCUAAGUUUAUAUGACCAGCUGUCUAGUAACUUUGCCACAUUUAAAAUGACAUUUUGAUGUUUGUGUGGUAACUAGUGUAGUAGCGUGAGCCACCAAAGUUGAUGGGAACCUUUUUUGUGUCAGAUCUUAAUACAGUUUAUUGCAGCUCAAUCUUUGAAAGUACAAUUUUUUUUUUAUCUAAAUGAAAUUUGAAACCAUCUUCAUGGUGAUCGAGGCCAGAUUGCUGCCAAAUGCACCAACACAAAACUGGCCACCUGACUCCAGACUCUGCCAGACCCCCCACCACAGAUACUGCUGUUGCCUUAUUUGCAUGUUUUGCUGCUAAAAUUACCACUGUCAGAAAUGAAUUUGUUUCCACAUUAUGUGGGUGGUGCGCUCGUACAUUUAAGUUGACUGACAUUGGCUGUUAUGUUCAGAACAGAUAGAUUGUGAUUUUUAUUUAUUUUGCACAUUGCCAUAAAAUAAAGAAGUACAACAUUUUGGAGUGUGGAAAUGAACAUUCCAAUUCAAUGCAUUCUUUUGUAUGCUGUGUCACUGAGAGUAUGAUUAUUUAGUACAAAAAUUGUUUUUACAUUGAAAUCAUAGUUUUGGGUUAAAUGGAGUAUCAGAAGCAUAUUUUAACUCACUUUUGUUUAUUUUAGUGAAUCGUACGUGUUUUACUCCACACAGUCUAGUUAUAAACAAAGGGAAAUAAUGUUGAUUCCUUACAUUUUAUAUAGACAUUUAUAUAUAUAAUAAGGUACAUAUGAAUUUAUGUAUGAUAACUAAUAGUUUAUAUAAUACCUAAUGCUGCUUGUGGGUGAAGACAGAGGGAAUGAAUUAUGCACCAGUUUGAUGAAAUAUGAGCGUUAUGUUUUCUGUGAAUGGUGCUUCGAGAUAGUGCACUACAGUUGUAUUUUCUCGUGUACACGCUGAAAUAAUCUGAGUAGAGGAGUGGCAAAUUUCAGUAGAUAGAAAACUUACUAGAUCCCAGGCAUAGCAGAUUUUGGCUUUCUGUCAGAAUGAUAGACUGUAGUACUUGAAACAUGUUUAAAUACUUGUAUACAUGCUUUUCAAUUCAACCAUUAUCAUUAAUGAUACUGAUUUAUACAAAAGAGUUUUUAGUUUAUUUCAUUAAGAUAAUGGUCUCCAACACUCAGCACUUGGCCUUUCCAAGUGUAUUUUAAUUGUUGAAUUACUGUACGAAUUUCUAAAUAGUGCAUACAUUGAGAAGAUAGAUGUAAUUCUUCAGUUCUUCUUCACAAGAAGUAUUCACAUUCAAUAUAUAUUGGUCAGUUUUUGAGAUUUAGUGAUGCUUUAAAUCUGAAGUGUAUGAAUAUUUCUAAUUUUGCAAAGUUUAUUUGUCUGGUGUAUAUAACUCAAGUUGAAAUAACUGUUAAUACAUUUCAGUUCUUAGAUGCUAAUAAUUAGGCAUAACUAUUUGUACAUUUAAUCAAGUUAUUGUAAUAGUAGCUGGUGAAAUUAUUGAAUCAAUUGUUGUAACAAACCUGUAGGUAAUCAUUGCAAUUAUGCUGCCGAGAACAUGGUCAUCACUGUGUCUAAACACCAUGUGAUUUGCAGUGUUUUACAGUGAUAAAUCUGUCUUUUUAAUGAGCUGCAUGCAUCUGUGACUUGGUGAUGAUUGAUGCAUUUUGUGAAAAUCUGUUUUAACAACAUUCCACUUGUGGUCACAUGGUAUUUAACUCCCUGCCAUCAACAGUACAAACACAGUGCAACUCUUAUUAGGGUUUAUUUCAGUCAUUAAAUAACAUGACAGCAUGGAAAUAUUAUUGUGGGAUGCAGAGCAUUGAAUUGUUAGAGGACUUGCUCUUUUGUGUUGGAUUAGGAGGUACGAUGUUGUAUCUCGGAGAUGUUACACUGGUUUGAGCUUAGUUGUGCCAUAUCUUGAGUAAUCCAUAAGAAAUUCCAAUUUCAGAGAACAUAUUGCAGAGAAACCAUAACAAUCUAUAACUUCUAAUUUUUUCAGAAAUAUACACCAACUUUACUCCUGCUGAUUAGAUGGGUGCCAGAAUCAAUCUGGAUUUUGUUGUGAGGGAAAAAUCCCAUUGUUCUUGAUGGUGAUUGAAAUCAAAUACAGGUUAUUCACUUUAUUAACCUUUAAUAUAAGGGAAUAGGGGACUUCAUUCCUCAUACUCUGGUUGCUGGCUAGACUUUAAUUACGGGGUCUAAUGGUUUAGCAGUAUGCUACAGGACACGCAGUCAGAGCCUGCUCUGUUGAUUUCAGAGCCACUUCUUUGAGAUGAGGGAUUUUUAUUUUAUUGUUCUGUACAGAUCAAUGUUCUGCAAUUGGUGUGCUGCAAAUUUAAAGAUCCUAGAAAAAAGCAGUAUCUUGUUAGAAUUUGUAAUGCACACACAGGUUCAUCAUCGAUGGUUUUAUUCAAACAUGUGCUAUGUUUUGUUUUCAUAUGCUUACAUUCUUAUGGGACAGGUAUUUAUAUGUGGAUACAUAUUAUGGAUAUGUAUAGUUUGUGCCCGUUUUUUGUGAGGCAACUUUUUUUUGGUCAUGCUGUCAUGUGUUUUUGAUAAAUUAUGAUGUUCUGCGGGUGAAAAAAGUUUUCAUAACACUGGUAUAGAUUGGACUAUAUAUGUAUAGUUGUGUAUAUGUAUUGUGUAGAUGGUCACAAAAGAGAAAGGUUGUGAAAAAGUUGGUCUGAUUGGUAGCUACUGAUCCACAAAAGUGUAAAUAAUUGGUAAUAUUGUAAUGUUGCAUAUUCCUACAAAAAGGAGAGAGAGCAACCAUGUUAGAAUUAGAAAUUUCUUCCAUCAUCAUGGUUUAUAUAACAGCCUUGUAUAGCUUCGUAUUACUGACAUAUAGCUAUUUUUAUAACGGUGGUCUGUUGCAAAUUAUCAGGAUGGAGAGCAUAACAUAGCUAGUGUUAAAAUUGUGGCAAUGGUUUGCUUUAUGGUACUAAUUUAAUGUUAGAAAUAGGUAGAAGUCUUCUUUCUUGUUAGCACCUUGUGCCUCCUAAAUUUGAUCAUAAGAUUGGUUGGUUUUGAGAGCUUUUUUUGUAUACUUGUGUGUGCAUGCACGUGUUUUGUAUGUGUGUAUUUGUAUAAAUCAGGAUGGACCAUUUCCUUUUUGAUCAAGAAGCAGUGGCCAGCUGGGCCCGACCUUCUGCGUCUCUGCGGGGGUAGCAGUCGGUGAAGGUAGCCUUAUCUCGGUGGUAAGCUAUUGCAGUAAGAUUAUCCUUUAGAAAGUGUAAUAAAACCUUACCAUUGCUACAGCAAAUGCUAAAAAUGAUGAUCUCCUGACUGAAUGCACUCAGUGUACCUGCGGAACACAUUGGUAUUUACUCUCUAGUUCUUCUCUGGAAAUGGCUGAUAUUAUUUCUUCCUUCUUCAAGAGUGUGGAAAUUUGUUUUAUACACUUCAUCUUUUGAGCUUCCCCACAAGUAAAACUCACAUGAUGCCAAGUUAGGAGAACAUGGGGGCCACAGACCAUGCCUAAUUACUUGGUCAGUGAAAACAUCUUGCUGUACUUUCAAACUUAAAUGUACCAUCUGAACUGUUACAGAAUCCUGCUGGAAGGCACUACAUAGCCCUUAUUCUUGUGUUACCUCAGUAAAAUGUGGGCUUAGGAUAUCGUUUACAUACCCAGCAGCAUUAACUGUAUCAUCGUAAAAGAUAGGUCCAGUUAUCCUGCAUGCAGUUUUCACUCACCAAACACCACUUUUGUCAUCAUGCAGAAGAAGUUCAUAAAUAAUUCUUGGAUUUUUUGCAUUCCAAUACUGACUGUUCUGGGAAUUCAUUUCUCCGUGUAAGGAAAACGACAGUUCUUCAGGAAAAAGAAAACACUAAUUGUGGAUCAAUGUACAGACCAAAGAAAGCAAUUGCAAAAAUGUAUUCUUGCAACCUGAUCAUGUACCUUCAAAGCAUGAACUACCAUUGUCUGAUAUGAUUGCAGUCUUGACAUUUUCUGGCUUUUCAUGUAGAUGUUCUCAAAGCACCUGUUCCCAUGCAGUCUAAGAAAUUUUCUUAGUGAAGUUUCAAGUCUAACAACUGUGUCAUCUAAUAUCUCUUCUGUCAACACAUUUCUAUUCCUAUCUGGCAUUUUGUCUAGCACUGACCCUGUUGUUUUAAUCUUAUUUACCAAGUAAUAUAUAUAUAUAUUUUGUCUGCUUGGAACUGGUUGUCUUGGAAAUUUGAACUUCAGUUUUCUGUGACAUUUUCUGGCAGGCUCAUAUUUUAAAUUGAGUUGCACCAAACAUACAUGUUUUUCAGUAGCAUACCUAACUUGAGCCAUGUUGUACAAUACCGAAUGGUUUAUUGAGAAAUGCAUUAACAGACACAGACAAAAGUGAUUAUUUUUGGUGGUAGUAUGAUGUCACCGACUACUUCGGCUGCAUAGAUGCGGCAAGCCGGGAUCCAGCUGGCUGCUCACACAGCUGCUGCUUCUCCAUCAAAUAGGAAGUGGCGCACCCUGUGUGUGUGGUAUAGGUGUUCAGUUUAUGGAAUGCAGUUACAAAAGUGUGUUGUACCUUUUACAAGAGAACAAGAAAGAUAUUCAUAAUCAUAAAAGUGUGCCAAUGGUGAUAAAAUUCUUUCAUUAAAUUUUGAUUAUGAAUGCUUUAGUAUUUUACUUACUGAGGCUGGAGUAUUUAGUUAAUUCGAUGUUUGAUAGAUAGUAUGAACUCGUUCACAAAUUUAGUCCUCUCUGAUAAAGAAAUAACAUGCUGUAGCAUCCCCUGCCCACAUACACACACAAAUGUCAAAUAUGUUUUAUACAGCUUAUAAUAUCUUGUUGGUGUUUAACAAAAAUCUGUUAUCUGUGAGCAUUCUGUAGGGUGACUAGUCAUGCCAAUAGUUCAAAAAAGAGUUCCCAGUUUUAAACCUUGAAAUUUUAAAAUAAUUCGCAUUUACAAUUUUGAAAACUAAUUUAAUUCCACUCUCUUUCCACAACACUGGUAUUAUGUACAUUAUGAAUACUCAUAUUUUAGAGAAUGUGAUAUCUGUUGUGUACAGUUAAUGUCAGAAAAGUCCUAAUAAAUAACACAAUCUGGA